AUGGAUAUCGAUUAUCGUGACACUUUCCCGCGUCAUCAAAAAUUUCUCCAUCCCGGAUCGCAGACAAUAUUACCACCCAACAAUAUACGUUGUUCGUUGCAACGAUGGGUUCUUAAGCAAAAUAUCGAUAAAAAUUAUCAGCAACUCAAUCAGUAUCGCCUCAUGCAGGAAAUUGGACAUGGUUCAUAUGGGAUAGUGAAAUUGGCUUAUAACGAAAAAGAUAAAAAUUUAUAUGCGCUGAAAGUGCUCGAUAAGAUGAAAUUGCUCAAAAAUUUUGCUUAUUUCCGUCCUCCACCAACACGUCGGACGAGUAAUUGUCCGUCAUUUCCGCAUGAUCCGAUACAAGCCGUUCAACGUGAAAUUGCAAUUCUCAAAAAGCUCAAUCAUCCAAAUAUUGUAAAACUUAUUGAGGUAUUAAACGAUCCAACUGACAAAUACUUUUAUAUGGUUUUCGAAAUAAUUGAAAAUGGGCCUGUUUUAGAAAUUCCAACGGAAAAUCCAUUAGAUGAAAGAAUUGCAUGGUCAUAUUUCCGUGAUGUCGUCAAAGGACUGGAAUAUCUUCAUUAUCAGAAAAUAGUUCAUCGAGAUAUCAAACCAUCGAAUUUAUUGCUCUCAAAAACAGGUCAUGUUAAGAUAACAGAUUUUGGGAUUUCCUAUGAAUUUCAAGGUAUUGAUGCAUUUUUAUCUGGGACUGUUGGAACGCCGGCAUUUAUGGCACCUGAAGCGCUCACAGAAGAUUCAUCGUGUUUCUACAGUGGUCGAGCUCAGGAUAUCUGGUCCUUAGGUAUCACAUUGUAUGCUUUCGUUUAUGGUGCAGUACCAUUUUGGGAUUCAUGCAUGACAGCUUUGUAUAAAAAAAUUAGAAAUGAUGCUGUUAGUUUUCCGAAAACGCCCAUAAUAAGCAAGCCAUUGGAAUUGCUGAUUUUAAGCCUACUCAAAAAAGAUCCAGGCUUGAGACUUAUGAUGAAUGAAAUUAAGGAACAUGAAUGGAUAACACAAAACAAUCGCUAUCCGAUGCCUUCUGAAGCUGAAAAUUGUGAACUGAUAACGGUUACAACUCAGGAAAUUCAAAAUUGUGUACGAACCAUACGACAUUUGGAUACACUAGUUUUUGUGAAAUUUAUAGUACAUCGUCGAAGAUUUGGCAAUCCUUUCAAAAUUGUGGAGAAGAACAAUACUAACUUACGUAAGAUAGCAUCAGAAAGUGAUUUAUUAUCGAUUGAUCAGAAUAAUGAAAAAAUUAUCAGAUCUGAUAACAGCAGUUCGAUAUAUAUGUUAAAUGUGAAAACGAAGAAUUUAUUGCUGGAUGGUGAAAGAAUUGAAUCAACCAGAAGUGAUAGUGUUGAUAAGAUGAAAACGAUCAGAAAUGAUAGUGUUGAUAAGACCGUAAAUCAAAAUACUGGCAAUUAG